ACAAUACAUAGAUACAUGACCAGCUUACAAUUAAUACCAUAAAUAAAUAGAGUAGUAAAGUAAGCUGCAGCCUCUCAUCCUUAAAAAAUAUUCCUAAUUAAGAACAAGAAACAAAUUUUGCUGCCCAUUUUCCUGUGAAGAAGAAAUGAAUAGUAGUACUAUGGAUGUUUCGGCUUUGUUACUAACUGAGGAUAGUGCAGAUUCUGAAGAUGACUAUGGCUUCUUUAGUGUGUGUCCCAGCAGCAUAGCUAUCAGUGAUGAUAAUGAGGAUGAUGCAGAGUCAUGUAGCUGUGACACAACAACUAGUACUUGUGGCCUACCUAAGGAUGGUGAAGAUGAUCAAGGAUUUGCUGAAUUUUGUGGCAAUGAAGUUACAGCUUUAGAAGAUGAAGCAGAAAUAAGGAUUGAUCAAGUUAUUGUGAAUGAAUCCGAAGAUAGACUAUUUUGGGAGACCUGCAUGGCAGUGGGGUAUCCAUGAAUCCCAAAUAUUUUAGAUUGUCAUUAAACAAUAAUAAGCAAAUGGUGUGGAUGUGUAUACACCCUGGUUGGCAUCAAAAGAUCAGAUUUUCUAGCUUAGGGAAAAAGAACAUGAUGCCUUUUGCCAUUAAACCUUUUGGCCUUAUCGAGGGGCAAUGGAAAGAAGUGCUAGAGGUCUGCAAGAACAACCCUCGAGCGUUGGAAACUAAAGUCACAAAAGCAGAAGACAGUGUUUUACACAUCGCUGUCUAUGUGGGCCAAACCAUUUUUUUGACCACCCUUCUUGAGAACAUUAAUGAAGAUGUCUCUCUUGCAAUCCUAAAUAUGCCAAACUCAAAGGGAAACACUCCUUUGCAUCUAGCCGCAGAGCUUGGGAAAGUGGACAUUUGCAACACUAUAGCCAAAAGAGACCCCAAACUCAUUUUGUGUCGCAAUUUUAAAGAUGAGACCCCUCUUUACCUGGCAGCAAUUCAUGGUACCAAAGAUGCAUUUUAUUGUCUCCAUGGUCACCUACAAAACAAAGAUGAUUAUUCGCCAUGUAUUAAGAGCAACGGGGACACUAUUCUUCACUCUACCAUCUCUAAUGAAUACUUUGGUUUGGCACUUCAAAUAAUUCGGAUGUACCCAAAUCUUGCGGAUGCUGUCAAUCAGGAUGGGUUAUCACCUCUUCAUAUUCUUGCUAUGAAGCCAAAUUGUUUUAAAAGCAGCACGCGGAUGGAGUUUUUGGAUCGUAUGAUCUAUAAUUGUUUGCUUGUGAAUGAGUUGAAGGAAGAGACAGAGGACCUAAGUAGUAAUGGAGAAGAUACACAUUUUAACUAUGCAAUGAACUACAGAACAUGCUUCAGCUUCUUAAAUUUGUUGAAGAAUGCAGUUAAAGCUAUAACAAUAGGUACAAAGGAUAGUAAUGCUGGAACUGAUGAUGAAGAGAAUCUCCCAAAAUCAUCCCCCACUAACUUUGUGCAAGAGCGAGCAAAGAAAGAAAAUAAACUCUACCGAUUCCCUCCGAAUUGGGAAGUGCUGAUCCGAUUUCUGACCAUUAUGAUGAAGGCUUUGCUAAUACUUUUUGGAGUGGGAGCAUCUUGGAUAGGAAAAAUCCAACGAAGGAAGGAGAAACACAUUUGGGCUAAGCUAGUGAUGGAUGAAUUGAUUGAGAGAGCUUCUCUGUACAAGUAUGACUAUACUGGAAAAAGCUCUUUUGUUCUUCAGCAUGACAAUGAUAUGGAAAACAAAGAUAGUCACGUGAACAAAAAAACUAUUGAGAAAAAGAGAAGUGUGUCACCAAUUUUAAUUGCAGCAAAGAUGGGAGUGAAUGAAAUGGUGGAGAAGGUCCUAGAUACCUUCCCAGUGGCCAUCCAUGAUGUAGAUUCUGACAACAAGAAUGUUGUUCUUUUGGCUAUAGAGAACAGGCAGCCUCGUGUGUACAAGCUGCUGGCAAAGAGGAAUUUGGUAAAGGAAAGUGCAUUUUGUCACAUAGACAAUCAAGGUAACAGUGCAUUGCACCUUGCUGCCAUGUAUAGGGAACAUAGACCUUGGCGUGUCCCUGGUGAUGCCAUGCAAAUGCAGUGGGAAUAUAAGUGGUACAAGCUUGUUAAGAAUUCCAUGCCACCAAAUUUCUAUGCACGUUACAACAACAAGGGACAAACAGCUAAACAGGUUUUCAUCAUCACUCACCAACCACUCGUGAGAGAGGGAAGGAAAUGGCUGUCCAAGACCUCAGAGUCAUGCUCACUAGUUGCAGCACUUGUUGCAACAGUAGCAUUCACAACCUCAACAGCAAUACCAGGUGGUGCCAAUGAGGUAACUGGUGUGCCAGUGUUGAGUGGACAACCUGCUUUCAAAGUCUUCGCUGUGGCAUCACUUGUGGCACUGUGCUCCUCAGUGACAGCCCUUGUUUUGUUUCUUUCAAUACUCACAUCAAGGUUCCAAGAAAAGGAUGUUGCUAUGGACUUACCAAAGAAGCUUCUCAUGGGAAUGACUUCACUUUGGACAUCUAUAGCAUCAAUAUUGGUCUCGUUUUGUGCAGGACAUUUCUUCAUCAUUGAAGAUGGAAUGAAAUCCUCAGUUUAUCUCAUAUAUGCUGUGACAUGUUUGCCAGUGUCGUUUUUUGUGUUGGUUCAACUCCCUCUUUACUUGGAUCUCAUGUUGGCUAUAUUUCGGAAGGUUCCUCAACGUGUUUAUAAGGUCUUCUCCCAUUAGUUCUUUGCUGAUUUCUUCAUUGGAGUUCAUUUUUGUUACUGUAAUGAAACUUGUUUGAAUUUUUUACUGAGGCAUUUCAAUA